UUUUUUCUGGUUAAAGGUGUUCCAUCAACCAGCAAAAUUUCGCCCAAAAGCAGACAAGAGGACCGUCCUGCGCUGACGAGACUUGUCGGCAGGAAGCGGCUGAUUGCGGCAGGGGUGGUCGGAGUCAUCAUGGUGUUGGUGCUGGUGGUUCUGAUACCGGUUUUGGUAAACUCUGCUGGGACCGCCGCGCACUACGAGAUGCUCGGCACCUGCCGGAUGGUGUGCGAUCCAUACGGGACUAAAUCGCCCACCAGCACCGCCACGGCGGACACCGUGCGGGAUAGCAGCCUCAUCCAGUCUUUACCGACUUUCAUUCAGGGUCCGAAAGGGGAACCCGGGCGUCCCGGGAAGGCUGGCCCGAGGGGUCCUGCGGGUGAGCCAGGGCCGCCCGGUCCUGCGGGUCCGCCUGGGGAGAAAGGAGAGCCCGGGCGACCUGGAUUACCUGGGCCGCCAGGACCCAAUGCCGCAGCGGGUGCAAUCAGCGCAGCUACCUACAGCACCGUGCCAAAAAUCGCGUUCUACGCCGGACUUAAAAAGCAGCACGAGGGCUAUGAGCUUUUGAAAUUCGACGAUGUGGUCACAAACCUGGGCAAUCACUACGACCCAACGACGGGGAAAUUCACAUGCUCCAUUCCCGGGAUUUACUACUUCACGUACCACGUCCUGAUGCGUGGAGGGGACGGCACCAGCAUGUGGGCUGACCUUUGUAAAAACAACCAGGUGCGAGCCAGUGCCAUCGCGCAGGACGCGGACCAGAACUACGACUACGCCAGCAACAGCGCCGUGCUGCACCUGGAGCCCGGCGACGAGGUCUACAUCAAGCUGGACGGGGGCAAGGCCCACGGGGGCAACAACAACAAGUACAGCACCUUCUCCGGCUUCAUCAUCUACGCCGACUAGGACACACCUCUGACCUUUCACCCCUGACCCCUGACCCCUGAUCUGUCCGAUCCCCGCACUCCUCACCCUCUCACCCUUCCAGAGGAAACAACAAGUACAGCACCUUCUCCAGGUUCAUCAUCUACGCCGACGAGGACACACCUCUGACGCCUGACCCCUGGGCCCUGACCUCUCUGAUCCCCACACCCCUCACCCUCCCGGAGGAAAUGACAACAAGUGCAGCACCUUCUCCGGGUUCAUCAUCUACGCCGACUAGGACACUCCUCUGACCUCUGACCCCUGGGCCCUGACUGGUCCGAUCCCCACACCCCUCACCCAGCCCCUACCUGUCCUGUCCCGGCCCCCUUCCUUGAACGCUUCCCAUCGAUUUUCGGUUAAUUAAAUAAUAAAUUUACUGAAUUAUUUAUUGGCACCAUCUUCCUGUGGUAUAUAGGGUCCUGCCCUAGCGCCCCCUUUCCCACAUCCUAAUCUGAACGUGAACCCUAAUCCCCCCACUCCAUGUUUUUGGCAGUGUAGGAUGAAUAAUUGAGCAGGGGGUGGGGCACCAAUCGAUUGAAAAACAAACAACACGAAAAGGGAACCAAGUGCACCUGGGGGACACCUGUAAGCCCUGUACUCAGACGGCUCCAAUGUAUGCUGUGUGUCGGGCUGCUGAGUGAGAGAAAUCUGAAAGUGUCUCAUCAAAGCAGCAAAGUCAUUCAACAGGAGCUGAGUGCACGAUACAGAGAGAGAGAGAGAGAGAGAGAGAGAGAGAGAGAGGGAGAGAGAGAGCAAAAGGGAGAGAGAGAGAAUGUGAGAAAAAGAAAAGAAAAGCAAACAAACAAACAGAAAAAAUGAAGAAAUGUGAAUCAAACAAAUAGUGUUGGCCACGAGUACAUGUUCGCUGUGCCAAACCGACUAUUUAUGAUAUGUAAGACUCCUGUUUUUUAUUUCACAAGACCGGGGACGAUAUGUGCAAUAAUAUUUACUGUUUUUAGAAAUCAUACCGCCCUCCACCCCAUUUCCUUCUGUUUGCUGAAUAAACAUGCAUUCUGUGAGUUGCCUGGCAACCGUGAAGCAUGUUUUUCCUGUGUGUGUG